GAAAAUAUUAAAAAGAAGAAAGGAAGAAGACAAGAGGAAGUUUCACGAGAGAGAGAAACUUGGCAGUUGCUCUGCUGCUGCUACUUCCAUAACUGCCUUUCAGUUUCUCAGGCAACAUCAACAACAACAAGAGCCGAUUCUCGAGAGAGAGAGAGAUCGAUCCUUUUACAGAGACGGAAUGAGCAGCGACAAGUCUCCGAAUCCAAUCGCUGCUUCUGCUGCAGCAUCUCCCACAAAUGCAUCCAGUAAUACUACCACUGGCGGUGGUGGCUCUGCUGCCGUUGCUAAUGCUAACGUAAGCCUUCAUCCCGGCGUUGAAUCCUGUAAGGGCAUCAAUGGCCUUGACAAGCUCGUCCUCCAUGAUCCACGAGGCAGUUCUGCUGAGGUGUAUUUGUAUGGGGCUCAUGUAACUUCAUGGAAGAAUGAUCAUGGAGAGGAAUUGCUGUUUGUUAGCAGUAAGGCUAUCUUUAAGCCUCCAAAAGCAAUUCGUGGGGGAAUCCCGUUAUGCUUUCCGCAAUUUUCAAAUCUUGGGCCUCUUGAUGCACAUGGAUUUGCUAGAAACAGAUUUUGGAGCAUUGACUCUGAUCCAUCUCCGUUCCCAACAAAUAGCCCCAAUAAAGUUUCUGUUGACCUGAUCCUUAAGCCUACUGAAGAAGAUAUGAAGACCUGGCCUCACAGUUAUGAGUUCCGGCUGCGGGUAGCUUUGGGACCCGGAGGAGAUCUGACAUUGAUAUCCCGCAUCAGGAAUACCAACACCGAUGGGAAGCCGUUCACAUUCACAUUUGCAUAUCACACUUACUUCGCUGUUUCAGAUAUCAGUGAAGUUCGCGUAGAAGGAUUGGAAACCUUGGAUUAUCUUGACAACUUGCAGAGCAGGAAACGUUGCACUGAACAAGGCGAUGCUAUAACAUUUGAGUCAGAGGUGGACAAGAUAUAUCUGAGCACUCCUACAAAGAUUGCAAUUCUGGAUCAUGAGAAGAAGAGAACAUUUGUAAUACGCAAAGAUGGUCUUCCAGAUGCUGUUGUAUGGAAUCCCUGGGAUAAGAAGGCGAAGGCUUUGACUGACUUUGGAGAUGAUGAAUACAAGCAUAUGCUGUGUGUGGAGGCUGCUGCUAUUGAGAAACCUGUAACAUUGAAACCUGGAGAGGAGUGGAGAGGAAGGCAGGAGCUUUCAGCUGUUCCUUCCAGUUACUGCAGCGGGCAACUUGAUCCCCGAAAGGUUCUUCAGGGAAGCUGAAAGUUCCAUCAUUCUGGCCUAUACUUUGUACAGGUAUGCUGUUGCACAUGUACAUCGGUCGGGAAAACAAAUUCAGCCCGCUAUUUUCGCUCCGAGAAUUUUACUGUGUUGGGUGAAAUGAUCGAUUCAUGAGUACAUAUGACUCGAUAUAAUAUGUUUUUUUUUUAAGUCGAUGAAGUUUUUUUUAUUUUUUUAUUUUUGGUGUGGAAGGAAAUUAACUCGAGUGGAAAUGGUCGACACUUGGUCCGGUGGAUGAGAGACUGUACGUGUUUUUGUUAAACGAAAUGUCAGUGAAUGUUAUUUUCGAUUUAGAUUCGAUUUGAUUUGGUUUACGGUAAUUCCUUCUUAUCUUAAAA